AUGUUCUCUGUUGCACUUCAUGCAUUCAAAUUCAAUCCAAACCUGAAGUAUCACGAUGGCAGAGGUGUUAAAUCAGUGAAAUCAUUCGACGGUGACAAGAUGUUUGCAGUGGUGGGAGAAGUGGAUCCAUUGAAACUCUGUGAAAAAAUUCAGCAGAAACAGAAGAAGAAGGUGGAACUCGUUUCUCCUUUGCCAAACAAGGACAAAAAUAAGGGCAAAGAAACUGAGAAGGUUGGUGGGGAAUGGGAGAAGAAGAAGAACAUUGAAGAUAAGCAACAGAACAAGCAAGAUAAUAGCAAAUCCAAAGAGGUAGUUAAUGGCGUUACAGGAUACCAAGAGGUCUCUAUAGACCGGAAAAAUUUUAUGAUCAAAAUAACUGGAACCAUGGAUGUGAAGGCUCUGGUGGAGACAAUAAACAAGAAGCUAAAGAAAACAGUCGAGAUUGUGCCCCCAAAAAAAGGUGGUGGCAACGAGAAGAAUGAAAGUGGCAGUGGCGGGGGCGAUCAAAUGAAGGGAGGCGGAGAUGGCAAAGCUUCUGAUAAUAAUGUGAGAGAUGGUGGAGGCAUGAUGGAAGGAAACAGAUCUGGAGCUCUGCCUAAAGAGAUUGUGCCCCCCAACAAAGCAAGUGGAAACGAGAAGAAUCAAAAAGGCAGUGGCAGUGGUGGUGGCGGCGGCGAUGGCGAUAGUGGUGCUGAGCAAGGAAAGUGGGGCGGAGAGAGAAAGGCUUGUGGUGAUUGUGGCAGAGAUGGUGGAGGCAUGAUGGAAAGAAACAAUAGUGGAUAUGUGCCAUUCGAAUACCAAAACCCAUAUGCUAACGAACGAGUCACUUCUUGA